AUGGUGGUUCAUGCUGCGGCAUCCAUUGGUGAGAAUUAUAGAAGGAAUAACCCUUGCCUUUUCAAGGGUCUUGCUUCUACCUCUCAAGUUAUUCGCUGGUCUCCUCCUCCUACUGGCUUCGCCAAGCUCAAUUUCAAUGGUUCUGUUGUCAACAAUAAGAAAGCAGCUGCUGGUUUUGUUAUCAAGGAUCAUGAUGGUUCUCCCCUUUUUGCUGGUGUGAGAGCUAUUGGUCAUGCUUCUGUCCCCAUUGCUGAAGGAAGUGCUGUUCGUGAUGGUCUUUAUCAUGCCUUCCUCCUUAACUGUCGAAAGCUUUAUGUCGAAGGUGACUCCAAGUUAAUUAUAGACUCCAUCAACAAAAAAUGUGCUCCUCCUUGGCGUCUUCGUACUCUUGUGAAAGACAUCCUGAGUCUGGCUAGCAAUUUCGAAGCUGUUUCCUUCUCUUAUGGUCCCAGGGAAGCCAACUUCGUUGCUGAUGCUGUUACAAAUAUGGGUCAUAGAUCAUCUACUCCUAUCACUUGGUCCAAAAAGUUUCCGUUCUCAGCUUUGUCUGCUUUUAAUUUUGAUCAGUUUAGUUUUGGUUGUAAUAUGGGCUUUAAGUUGUAA